AUGUCAACAGCCCCAGGAGCCCCGCGGCCAUCAAGGCUCAACAAAUGGUGGCCUAUUGGCUUUUUCAUCGGCGCCGUCGUCUGCUUCAUCAUUGGAGGUGCUCUCGUAGGCACAUGGGUAUCCAACUCCUACGACGACUGCUCCUACAGCAACUCCAGUUCCUACUACAGCUCCUACUAUUCGGACUACUCAUGCAUCAGCACCAACAUGGGCCAAUUCUACGGCGCAAUCGCCCUAUUUGUGAUCGGCGGCGUCCUCAAGCUCACAGCUUGGAUUCUUCUCAUCAUCUUCUGCAUCAAGCGCAACCGAUUGAACCGCCAUACUGUCACAUACGUCAACUCUCCUCCCGUUCAGCAGACACAGCCUUUCACCCAGCCCUACGCUGCUCCUCAGCCCACCUACGCUCCUCCUCACCAGACUGCUCAGUUCACUGGACCUCCGGCAUCCCCCGAUAUGGUCCAUUCCGGUAUGGCAGGCUCGUCUAUGGCGGGUACACCACCUCCAAAGGAGGCUAGUGCCACGGCAACUGGCUUCAAGUACUGUGGCCAGUGUGGAACUGCUGUUUCCAGUCGUUUCUGCCCUCAGUGUGGCUCCCAGAGCUGA